AUGGGACUCGAAGACAUCAAGACCGAAGAGGCCGAGGCGGCCUCGCCGGUGCCCUUCCGCAUAUGCAUCGUGGGCGGCGGCAUCGGCGGGCUGGCGACGGCGCUGUUCCUGCACCACUUCUGCGGCCACCUGGACAUAACCGUCGACGUCUAUGAGCAGGCCACCGAGUACCGCGAGCACGGCGCGGGCAUGGGGCUCGGCGUCAACGCCACCAAGCUCCUGCACCGCAUCGGCCUCGGCGAAGCCUCCAACGCCAUCUCGGGCACCCGCGACGGCAUCUGGUUCACCAUCCGCCGCUUCGACAACAGCGCCGAGAUCACCACCGUCUCCGCCAACGACAAGGGCAGCGUCCGCUACGUCGCCGUCUCGCGCGCCGAUCAGCUUCAGAUCUUUCUCGACGCCGUCAAGCAACGGGGCGCCGCCAAACUGCACACUACCAAGCGGUGCAAGGCCGUCGAGGACCUGGGCCAUGUCGUGCGGGUCAAGUUCGAAGACGGCACAUCCACAGACGCCGACCUCGUCAUCGGGUGCGACGGCAUCCACUCGGCCAUCCGGCAGCAGUUCAUCCAGGACAAGGCCGUGUACUCGGGCAAGGUGCUGUACCGCGGGCUGGUGCCCAUGUCGGAGCUGCCGCAGCCGUGGCCGCUGCCGUCGCACGCCGUCAUGUGGGUGUCGCCGGGCAAGCACCUCGUCGCCUACCCCAUCUGCGCCAACAAGACGCUCAACGUCGUGGCCUGCGUCGCCAAGGCUGAGGAGGACAUCCCCGACCUCAAGGAGAGCUGGACCAACACGUGCGACCGCGCCGAGGUCGAGGCCGACUUUGCCGAGUUUGACGACCUGGCCACCAAGGUCAUCUCGCUGCUGCCCGCCCGCCCGUCCAAGUGGCGCAUCAACGACCGCGACCCCGUGCCCGACUGGACCUUUAUGGGCGGCAAGGUGGCCCUGCUGGGCGACGCCGCCCACGCCAUGGUCCCGCACCAGCAGGCCGGCGCCGGCCAGGCCGUCGAGGACGGCUACAUCAUCGCCAAGGCCCUCACCGAGUACCUGCUCCGCAGCAACAACAACAACAACAACAACAACAACAACAACAACAACAACAACCAGACAAGCCUACGGUCGUGGAUGGAGCUGUACCAGCGCGUGCGGCUGCCGCGGGCGCAGCGCGUGCAGGAGACGAGCCGGCUAGCGGGCGACAUCCUGCAGGCACAGACGCCGGCCAUGAAGGGCCGGGCCUUCGACGACAACAUGCCCCUGCUGGCCGAGGGCGUCAACAGCAUGAUGAAGUGGAUCUUUGCCGAGGACAUUGACGUCGCCUUUGACAAGCUCAAGGCCGAGAUAGUGCCGCCGCCGCCGCCGCCCAGAAGGACGUGGGCGCGCAGGAUAGCGGGCUGGUUCUGUCUGUAG